UUGAACGGAUGAAUGGCGGAGUACACGUGCAUGUUUUGACGACUAAAAACAGUGAAUGUGAAUCAGUGACGAGGCUUUUGUUUUGGUGAAUUGGUUUCUGUGCCAUGCAAGCUAACCGUAAAUCGCACGUAUUAAUUCACAAUUGAAGUGAGAAACAAAAUCAAACCGAAAAUGCCAAGCUGCUCUAACGGUGAAAGUGUAUUGUGUUUCUAUUAUUGGCAAAACAUAUCAAAAGCACCGACGACUGCCCUGCUUCACGGGAUGCGGCGUUCGUAAUAUGCAGUGUUUGCGGUUAACUUUACAUAUAACGGCUUUCGCAAAAGCUGUGCUUGUGUUGGUGCUUGAAUGAAUGCUUGCAUAUGAGUUACCCGAUAUUCUGGGAAUAUAGCAAAUGAAAUCAAAAAACAACAAAUGCAAAAACAUCAAGUAUCUACGAUAUUGAAUCGGUAAAUAAUUUAACAGGAAAUAAUCGACGAGCACGCCAACGCCGCAUGCGGCGCCAACAACAGCGACAGCGACAGCGACAAUAACGCGCAGAAAAACUUUUCCAACGAAAAAAUAUAAUGAUUAAAUUAAAAAUGAAUGCGGCGGUUAACAAUAUCGCUGGCUGCAAAAACUCCGUUAAUAGUAAAUAUAAAAAGUGCAAAAACAAUAAUAGAAACAGCUCCGAGAGCAUCCACAGCGCCGAUGGCGAUAUUGGGCCGUUGCACGCCGAACUACAACGACUGCAGAACAGCGAACAAACAAGCGUAAGCCCAUGGCAACAGAGAGCACCGUUACACCAACGAACACACAGCGUGCAACACACUGAUAAGAGCGACCGCGCGCCUAGCCACGUGCAAGACCAACAACACUGCCACCACCACCACCAUCAGCAAUGCCAUCAGCAGCAGCUCCAUCAGCUUUUACAUGACCACCAGCAAAACUGUGCGACAACAAAGCGCUGUGUCGAGCAAGCGCAACAACAAAGCGAACAACAUAAGCAGCCAUUUCCGACAAAUGCGCCCGAUAAACGGCAGCAACAUUUUAAUCAACAACAUCCACAACAUGAAGGCCGACGGCAGCAGCAGUGCCACACACACCAGCUGCAACAGCAACAGCCACAACAACACCAAGAAAACCAGCGACGAUUGGGGCUGUGGCCAUCACUAUGCAUCGCCACCAGCAGAAGCAACAAUAUCAAUUGUAGUUGCAACCACACCACCAGCACCAGUAAAUUCAAUUCAACAGAAGCAUCACUUCACACACCCAGCACAGCGGCAUUGACCACAACCACGUUAUUCGCUUCGACGUCAUCAUCGUGUGCUUCAUCGUCAACGCGUGGUUGGGCAUCGUCAGCGACGGCGAAAGUUUUGGUGGCGGGGACGGCGGCGCAGGGCAGCCAACGCGCCGCAUAUAUAUUUAAAGCCGUCAGAUCGGCCUCACAGGCUGUGACAACAUAUUAUCUGUGGUGGCUGUUUGGUGUGUGUUUAGUUCUCUUCACAAACGGUGGACGUGACUGGCGGUCUGCGGAAUUGACGCGUACAACAUUUAUGGUGGCGGCCACAUAUUUAGAACCGGACGAACUGAUACACGAGCUCGAUAGACCAGUGCCCUUGACGCCGGUGCAAGGCGUGCUGGGUCGACAAGCGAUGCUGCCUUGUGAUAUUUCGCCAAUGGAACGGGACGAUGCAGUUUACAUGGUGCUGUGGUUUCGGGAGGGUGAUGGAGAGCCAAUCUAUAACUUCGACGUGCGCGGCCGUCAAUUUGGACAGGCGCGGCUGUGGUCUUCCGAAUUGGCAUUCGGGCCACGCGCCUACUUCAGCAGCACGUCCCACCCGGCACAGCUGAAAAUCGAUAACGUACGCAUCGAGGACGAAGGCGUCUACCGGUGUCGUGUGGAUUUUCGCAAUUCGCCGACACGAAAUCUGAAAAUCAAUCUCACCGUCAUUGUGCCACCGGAUCGUCCAGUCAUUUAUGGCCCUAACAGACAUGAUAAGGCCAGCAAUGUGGAGUCGUUUAACGAAGGAACGGAUAUAGUGCUGGCUUGUGAAGUGACAGGCGGACGUCCACGUCCAAAUGUAACAUGGUAUUUAGAUAAUACGGUGAUUGAUGAAUCUUUCGAGCAUCGCCCGGACGGCAAGACUGUUAACCACUUGUCAUAUCCAAAUAUUGGACGACAACAUUUGAAUGCGAGAUUAGUUUGUGUGGCGAGCAAUACGAAUUUGACGCCGCCGAACAACAAAGUGGUCAUCCUGGAUGUCAAUUUGAAACCUGUCGCUGUGCACAUAAUGACAAAGGAUCGUUUCGUGUCUGCUGAUCGCACAUAUGACAUUGAGUGCAAGUCUUCCGGUUCAAAGCCAGCUGCGGUCAUUACAUGGUGGCGCAAUAACAAGCAGUUGAAAAAAUUCACAAAAAAUUUUAAUGAACCCGACAAUCAAUCUCUAAGCAUAUUGACAUUCACGCCCACUCGCGAGGACGAUGGCAAGUAUUUGACGUGUCGUGCCGAAAAUCAAUUCAUUGAAAACAGCUCCAUCGAGGACAAGUGGCGGAUGGUCGUGCACUAUCAACCAACGGCUCAUCUCAAAAUGGGAUCUUCACUAAACCCAGACGAUAUAAAAGAGGGUGAUGACGUCUAUUUUGAGUGUGUUAUACAAUCGAAUCCUAAACCCUACAAAAUGUCAUGGUUUCAUAACGGCAAGGAACUGCAUCACAACAUCUCAGCUGGCAUUAUCCUUUCGGAUCAAUCACUCGUGCUGCAGAGUGUCUCACGUGCAUCCGCUGGUGAUUACACGUGUUUGGCUGUGAACUCGGAGGGAAGGGGCGCCAGUAAUCCGGUUUCGUUGCAUAUACGCUUUGCACCCAUUUGUGCCACCGAUCAUGAAGAGCUGCUGGGCGCCCUAAAGCACGAAACACUGCUGCUAAAAUGUGAAGUGGACUCAUCACCGCCAGCGGAGGCAUUUACAUGGACAUUUAACUCGUCCGGCGAACAAACAGAAUUGCCCGCCCGACUGCACUCAACAGAGACUGGCAUGUCGCGACUGAAUUACACUCCAGCAACGGACCUCGAUUAUGGCACAAUAUCUUGCUGGGGGCGAAAUUCUAUUGGCCAGCAAAAGAACCCCUGCGUUUUUCAAAUCGUAGCUGCAGGCCGUCCAUUUCCAUUGCAGAAUUGCACUGUCACAAAUCAAUCCACCGAUUCACUGCAAGUUGAUUGUCUGGAGGGUUUCGACGGUGGGCUACCUCAAGGCUUCAUUUUAGAAUUAGUGGAGUUGAAUAAUUUGCGUUUAGCACGGAAUUUAAGUUUGUCGCAUCCGCCAGUGAGUUUUCUCAUCGAAAAUCUCGAUCCCACAGCCACAUAUCGAAUGAUCAUUUUCGCCAUGAAUGCCAAGGGACGUUCGGAGCCAACCAUAAUUGACGACAUAAACUUCAAAGGCGUGGCCAAAUUUACAGGUGCAUCGAAUGGCUUAACGGUACCCCUUUCACCAUUUUUGGCAGGCCUAACACUCUUCUGUGCACUGCUCUUCGCUAUAUCCUGCAUUGCACUGGCGGCAAUUUACAGACGGUUCUCGAACAGGCAAAAUGAUGGUAAUUUAAAACCAACGAAGCACACGCAACUUUCAAUACCGCCCGAUUGUCAGCUAGAUCCAUUACAACCGAACAACCACCAUCACCAACAUCUGCAGCAUAAUCACGAGCAAAGCAAUCACCAGGCCCAUCACAGUCUACUACAGCCGAAUGUCAGCGAAGGUGCCAAUGGCGGGGGUGGCACCUCACCCUCUGUCGGCGGUGUCAUGGGUGGUGGUGGCGGUGGCGUCAUGGGUGGCUUGAUUGGCAUCGAUUCGUCCACGUUGCGGUCAACGGCAACCAGCCAUCAUCGGCAAAGUCCGCUGGUGAUGGGCGAUGCGUUGGAAGGUGAUGACACGGAUCCAGAUGUUAUACCCAAUCAAUAUGAAAAACGUCCACUGAAGUCUCAGGUGGCCUCGCCCAUAUUCCGCAGCCCCUCAGCGCGCUUACUGCAACGCGACUACAGCAGUCUUGCGGACACGGAGCGCGCUGGCACAUUGAGUAGCGGGAGCGUGAUUGGCGGCAUCACGAACAGCUCAACACUGAGCAGCGCCGACGGCAUCUCCAGUCUGGGCUCAUUGGUCGGAAACAGCAGUGUUGGAAGUGUUGGUGGCAUUGGCGUUGGCAACGAAGUGUUGCACUACACAUUUAGGCCAAGCAAACAAUUGAGUUAUGCCACAUUGAAUAAGAAGGGUAUAACCACGUGUAGUCCACCGCUGAACAUCUCGCUUUAUAACACAACAACUACAGCAACAUCAUCACUAUCCUCAACAUAUCACUCGACGCCACAGCCGCAGCCAAUGGAAGUGAGUUUACUCAGUCCAAAUAAUCCGUCGGUGACUUCGUCGCUCAGCGAAUAUCGAUUUCGGCCGGAAGUGGUAACCACAUCGAAUCGCAUCCAGGAAAGUUGUAUAUAAAUAGAUAAGAACGAAAAAUAACACACAUAUGACUAUAAAUAAAAUAUGUUGUGUAUGUGUAUAUGUUGUGUAUAUAUUAAGUAUGUGUUACUAUAUAUAUGUAUGAGUAAUGAUGGAUGGACUAAAAUAGACUGACGUAAAUUAAUAAUUUGUUCUUCGACGUCCAUUUUUAAAUGUGGUUUAAACAUCCGCAUCUGUGCGAGCGCAACUUGGUUUUUUAUUUUCUUUGUUCGCAACAAACGAUGGCACACACAUACUUCACAUACAUACAUGCAUACAUAUGUACAUAACAUGGUUAAAAUCAAUUUAUAACCUGUAUUAUUUACCGAAGGUUGUUUACUCGUGUUUGUACUGCGGCUGUUGUUGCAGCAAAUGAGCAAUCUACCAAGUGACAAAAUAAAUACCGCUAUUCUGCAAUAAAUAUUUGCCUGAUUUAACGGAACAGUUCACAGUUUUUCAAGCCAAGCACGUUGAAAGCGGGCGCACUUUUCACUCUGAACCACCGCAAAGUCCCACAAAAAGCAGAAAAUCGGUUUAACCCAUUUUCCACAUUCGAAUAAUAAAGCUUAUUUUAAAGCUCUUGUCUUUAAAAGGUGUUGCUCACUUAUGUUUAAUAUGUAUUAUUCACUUUAUUGUCCAUUAGACAGGCAUUGUAAGCUUUAGUAAAAAGAAAUCCAUUAUUUUUGCACUAAAUUGGGGAUUUCAUUUAGCAAAGUUGGAUUUAUCUGACUUAAGUACUUGAUAUAUGAACACAUAGUUCGAAAACUUGUUAGUAUUUUGAAGCUGAUUUCACAAUGCAACACCCAUGGAAACCCUCAUCCUUUCUGGCAAAAAACUGUGACCUUCGGUUUUCAUAAGCUCGUCUUAACUUUUCACAAACAAAAUCAUUAGCCAUAUGCAAGUACAGGUUAUUAUACCAGAUCCAAACUUCCAUCGAAUCAGCGCCGAUAUGUGUAGCACACUGCUCAGCAGAAACUCAAUUCCUAUUGGCCGAAGUUGUCCACUUCUGAUUGUUUGCUUCAGAUGUUCCAAUUGUUGAUAGUAAGUGGUACAGGUCCGAAUAAAAAGUUUCGUCGUAUGUUAGCAGUUCAGUGUAAAUGAUUCCAUAUCAGAGCAAACUCUUCCUGAUAGCCAAUUCCGGCUUAUCCACCGUUUGCUUCGACCGUUUCGCUUCACGUUGUCUUAAGUGACCUAUUUUUCAUCACAAGUAACCAUAAGUUUCAGAAGUGAUUCGGGUUUGUUGUGAUUUAGCACAUAUUAGCAGGCCGAACCUCGGUCUAUGAGGCAAAAAUAACCUCAACUCGUUUUGCACCAAUACAUUGAGCGUCCCUUUAUAUUCAGCCCUAUUUAAAUUGUACCUAACGGUUUCACGGACAAUCGAAAAGUGUUUACAUUAUCCGAACGGAAACAACGAAACCA